CCGUCCGCCGCCUGUGUUCGCUCAGUGGAAACAAGGAAGACAAGUGAGUGUGCUGUCGGCUGGAGGCUAACUUCAACACGCAGUAAAAAGUCCGCAGACAACGCUGGGAACAUGGCCAAGCCGCUGACAGACCAGGACAAGAGGAAGCAGAUCUCCGUGAGGGGGCUAGCCGGGGUGGAAAACGUCGCGGACCUGAAAACUAAUUUCAACCGGCACCUCCACUUCACCCUUGUGAAGGACCGAAAUGUGGCCACGAAGCGGGACUACUACUUCGCCCUAGCCAACACAGUCCGGGACCAUCUGGUGGGCCGCUGGAUCCGGACGCAGCAGCAUUACUACGAGAAAGACCCCAAACGUGUGUACUACCUCUCCUUGGAGUUUUACAUGGGCCGGACUCUGCAGAACACCAUGGUUAACCUGGCCUUGGAGAACGCCUGUGAUGAAGCCACAUACCAGCUGGGUCUGGACAUGGAGGAGCUGCAGGACAUCGAGGAAGAUGCUGGCCUCGGCAACGGAGGGUUGGGUCGACUGGCUGCUUGUUUCCUGGACUCUAUGGCCUCUCUGGGACUGGCUGCUUAUGGUUAUGGUAUCCGCUACGAGUUUGGUAUCUUCAAUCAGAAAAUCAGCGAUGGUUGGCAGGUGGAAGAAGCUGAUGACUGGCUGCGUUAUGGUAACCCUUGGGAGAAGGCUCGCCCUGAGUAUAUGCGCCCAGUCCACUUCUAUGGCAGGGUGGAGCACACAGCUGAAGGAGUGAAAUGGGUCGACACGCAGGUGGUUCUGGCUCUUCCCUAUGACACUCCUGUCCCUGGCUACAGAAACAACAUUGUCAACACCAUGAGACUGUGGUCUGCUAAGGCCCCCUGUGACUUUAACCUCAAAGACUUUAAUGUUGGUGGCUACAUCCAAGCUGUGCUGGAUAGAAACCUGGCAGAGAACAUCUCCCGAGUUCUCUACCCCAAUGACAAUUUCUUUGAAGGGAAGGAGCUGCGUCUAAAGCAGGAGUACUUUGUUGUAGCAGCGACUCUUCAAGACAUCAUCCGUCGCUUCAAAGCCUCCAAGUUUGGCUCCACAGAGUUUGUGCGAUUGGACCUUUCUACACUGCCAGAUAAGGUGGCCAUCCAGCUGAACGACACCCACCCCGCUCUGGCCAUCCCUGAGCUAAUGAGGAUCCUAGUGGACAUUGAGAAACUCAGCUGGGAGAAGGCCUGGGACAUCGUGGUGCGUACCUGUGCCUACACCAACCACACAGUCCUGCCUGAGGCACUGGAGCGCUGGCCUGUUGACCUCUUCCAAAACCUCCUGCCUCGACACCUGGAGAUCAUCUACGAGAUCAACAGGAGACAUCUGGAGCGCAUCACUAAACUGUACCCUGGAGAUGUUGACCGUAUGCGCAGAAUGUCCCUGAUCGAAGAAGGGGACGUCAAGAAAAUCAAUAUGGCUCACCUGUGCAUUGUGGGGUCUCAUGCUGUCAACGGAGUGGCCCGCAUCCACUCUGAAAUCAUCAAAAACACUGUGUUCAAGGAUUUCUACGAUCUUGACCCUGAGAAGUUUCAGAACAAGACCAAUGGCAUCACUCCCAGACGCUGGCUGGUCAUGUGCAACCCAGGCCUGGCUGAGGUCAUCGCUGAGAGGAUUGGAGAGGAUUACAUCCGUGACUUGGACCAGCUGAAGAAGCUUCUGGACUUUGUGGACGAUGACGUCUUCAUUCAGGAUGUUGCCAAAGUCAAACAAGAGAACAAGAUGAAGUUUGCUGCCUAUCUUGAAGAGCACUACAAGGUGAAGAUCAACCCCAGGUCCAUGUUUGACGUCCAGGUGAAGAGGAUCCACGAGUAUAAAAGACAGCUGCUCAACUGCUUGCACAUCAUCACACUGUACAAUCGCAUCAGGAAGGAGCCCAGCAAGUCAUGGACUCCCAGGACUAUUAUGAUUGGAGGAAAGGCAGCUCCAGGUUACCACACUGCCAAGAUGAUCAUCAAGCUGAUCACAUCAAUCGGAGAUAUUGUCAAUAACGACCCUGUGGUGGGAGAACGUCUUAAGGUCAUCUUCCUGGAGAACUACCGGGUCACUCUGGCUGAGAAGGUUAUCCCUGCAGCUGACCUGUCGGAGCAGAUUUCCACCGCUGGCACUGAGGCCUCUGGCACUGGGAACAUGAAGUUCAUGCUGAAUGGUGCCCUCACCAUUGGUACCAUGGAUGGUGCCAAUGUGGAGAUGGCAGAGGAAGCUGGAGAGGAGAACCUCUUCAUUUUUGGCAUGAGGGUGGACGAUGUAGAGGCUAUGGACAAGAAGGGCUAUGAUGCUGUGUCAUACUACAAUCGCAUCCCUGAGCUGAAACAGGCGAUGGACCAGAUAUCAGGAGGUUUCUUCAGCCCUGCACAGCCUGACCUCUUCAAGGAUCUCAUCAAUAUGCUGAUGCACCAUGACAGGUUCAAAGUGUUUGCAGACUAUGAAGACUACAUCAAAUGUCAAGAGAAAGUCAGCGCUCUUUACAAGAACCCUAAGGAGUGGACCAAGAUGGUGAUCCAUAACAUCGCAGGCUGUGGUAAAUUCUCCAGUGACCGCACCAUUUCCCAGUAUGCCAGGGAGAUCUGGGGAAUGGAGCCAACUUUGGAAAAGAUUGCUGCUCCAGAUGAUCCUCGCUAAACUGAAACACCUGCCUUCACCACAUCACUGUUUAGCUCAGAGAUGAUUAAUAUAGUUUUUUUCACUGUUCACUGUGGCAUUAUUUCUUUACUGAACCCUGUAUAACCUACUGCUUCCACUUCAUUUUGCACUAACAUGUUGAAAUGGGCUAUUUAGUAACAGUUUUGUCUGUUUUUUUUUUCUCUCUCCGCACCAGCAGUACAUAUCCUCAAUGUUAGGUGAAAACCUUGUCUCCUCGGAGACUAUGGAAUCAAAUCAAAACUCGUUUAUUUAUGUAGCAUAUUUAAAGCGACCUCAGUUGACCAAAGUGCUGUACAAGUUCUCAGCCACAAAAAUAUGUGCAAAAAGCAAGGCAGGAUAAGAUGUGAACUCAGUUUGUAAAGCAAAAUCAAAUGCUAUAAUAAGGCAAAAUAGGGUAGCAGAUUGUAAGAUCAGUUUCCAAGAUAAAGUAGAUCCAAAAGUUGAAGAGGAUACAUUUUUGCUAAAAUUCAGUGAGAUACACAGACUGUAUAUAAAAGAUGGAUGUAGUCACUAUGAUGUCACCCACUGGUCUGUGAACUGCCAUUUUGAAGUCUUGCAUUUUUGGAAACUACCUGUUGCAAUGUUGGUCUUUUGAAACUGGACUUUGUGAACUGUGAGAAUUCAAGGACACUACUUGCUGUGAUACAGCAGUCACCUGCAGUCAAUACAAGAUUUCUGUCCUAAAGCAUACUAUGUGUGAUCUUCUAUUUUCUUCUAAAUGGGACCAUAAUUUACCUAAUGAACAUCAUGCCGUAUUCACAGUCUUGAAAUCAUAAAUUCAGAAGGGAAAUGUUUGUUGAGGUAACAAAUCAGGUGAGAAGUAGAGUCUUUUUCUCAUUGACUUCUACACAGAUAAGAGAAAUCGUCCCAUUGGCUGAAAAAAAAAAAUAGGGGUUUAAGGUACUUCCACAUUGGCUUCACUUUUCAAACAUGAGGGUAUGUCCAUCUUUUACAUGCAGUCUGUAGCAGGGUAAGAGUUCCAUUAGCCAUAGAUGUUGAAAAUCUCCCCACCUUCAUGUGAAUCAUGAGAAUUCUUCACUUUCGAUGGGAACAUUAAAGGUAUUCCCUUAUUUUGCUGUUGUACAUAGUAGCACCCUAAAUCCUUAAAUUACAUUAAGUUGAAAUUUGGGCUUUUUCGAGAGCUUCAGCAAAAUUGGGGAAUGUAUCUUUAAGCAAACUUGGACAUUUUAACCAAGAUUUACACAACAUUCCCCUUCUACUUCAGAGUGUCUAUGGCUACCUAAAGCCAGCAUAAAUGCAGAAAAACCUCAGCACUGUUAUGGUUCCAAGCCAGUCAUGUCUUCCAUGGAACCACCGCCUUACAGUAGCACUGUGACUAGAUAGUGUUGGACGGAAGUCAUGUUCACAACACAUUAAUGUUCAUAUCAAUAUUUCAAAGUCUGAGACUCCCCAACGGCUCAGUUAAUAUUUUAUGAUGUUUUCUGAAUGUAUCUAUUUGUGUGUGCAUUUUUAGUAUUGUUAUUGAUUGGGGAGCCCUGCAAUGCAGAUAUGAAUUUGUGUGUGAUCUCCUCAGCAUGCUUGUGUGUCUCCUGCUGUAGUCUGUUCCUAAAAGUGACCUGUAAUAGAAAAUAACAAAGCCUUCUUUACCUAAAACCUAAGUGACUGAAUUUAUCUUUGGAAGAUUUGUGUGUUGUCUGAUGUACUUCUGUGUGUAACAUUUAUGAGUCCAUGACAUUAUGGAUUUGUGCUCCAUUGAUGUACUGUUACAGCAUCUUGUCCUCGUUCAGCUGCUGCACGACUGAAUGCUGUGGUGCUGCAGAAACAGCUGUCCACUACACCGAACCCAGCACUGUCUCUGUCAGUCAGCGCUUUCCUUUUUUAGUCAAUAAAUGACUAACAUCAGCA